CGCGCCACGCACGCACACGCUCGCGUUGUUUACUUUCGUUGCUCGUUGCAGGUCGACGAGAAUGAAGAAGGAAGCAGUCGUGAGCGCGACGUGGUCGGCGCGGUAGCGCUCAUCGUUGGGGAUUUUCGCUCGCUCGCUCGAGGACUUUCUUCGCAACUCUAUCCCUACCACCGCGGCUCGUCUCCGCUUCUUCUUCAAUGUCGUAAUGUCGACGAAACACGACGACCGCGUUCGCGCAGUGUAGGUUUAAAGUCCAUCGCGCGGACGGCAUUCCCGUGCGCGACACGAUCAAAAUCAAAACACGGGUCGCGCUGCAAAGAGAGAGGGAGAGAGAGAGAGCGGGCGAGCUUUCCUCUGUUUGUCGCGUCACCUAUGCACGCGUGAUUCCGCGGAGACACACGCGAAUGCUCCUGCACGCCUGUCGCAUCGCGAUCCCGAAAUAGGAUCAAGGAUAACGACGUGGAAGAUUUUUUUGGAAUUACACGCCGAGACUGCCCGGGAGAAACCGGUCCCUUGUGUUUGAGACGAAACCUCCAGGUGCGCGAAACAGUUACACGAUGGCUCCGUUGGCGACGAGCGUCCGGGUCGGUGUCUUCCAUCAGCUCUGCAUCUGCGCGUCGAGGACACUGGCCACGAGCGCGAUGCCCAGCAACAGUAUCGUCAAGGAUGAGGCGAGGGAAGUGAUCGUAAAUUAUCUCGACGGCAAGGACAACGGUAUCGCGGUGAUAGGAUUGAACAGGCCCGCCGCCAAGAACUCCUUCGGCAAAGGCAUGGUCUCGCAGUUGUACGAAACGUUGGCCGCCCUCAGGCAGAACGACAAGCUGAGGGUGCUGAUCCUGCGUAGUCUCGUGCCGAAGGUGUUCUGCGCCGGGGCGGACCUGCGGGAGAGACUGAAGAUGGACAGCGGCGAGGUGCCGCGAUUCGUCUCCUCCCUGAGAAGCCUCUUCAGCGACAUGGAGACACUGCCGGCUCCGGUGAUCUCCGCGAUCGACGGCAUAGCCCUGGGUGGCGGGCUGGAGAUGGCUUUGGCCACCGACAUCAGAGUCGCCGCCUCGGAGGCCAAGAUGGGUCUCGUGGAGACCAAGCUGGCGAUAAUACCGGGUGGCGGUGGCACGCAGAGACUGCCGCGGAUAGUUGGCACCGCCAAGGCCAAGGAGCUCAUCUACACGGCGCGGAUCCUCGACGGCGAUCAGGCGCUGCGGAUCGGCCUGGUGAACCAGGUGGUGCCGCAGAACAAGACCGGCGACGCGGCUUACCAGGAGGCCCUCUCCAUCGCCAGGGAAAUCCUGCCCAACGGUCCCAUCGGCGUCAGGCUGGCGAAAGUGGCGAUAUCCGAAGGCGUGGAGGUGCCGCUUAAGGACGGCCUGGAGGUCGAAAGGCAAUGUUACAGCAAAAUCGUGGACACGAAGGACAGGAUCGAAGGACUCGCCGCUUUCGCGGCGAAACGUGUGCCUGUUUAUCAAGGAGCAUAGAGAUUCAGGCGCGAUGGAUUCAUAACGAACGUUCAAUUCCCAUGUCAAACGGAAAACACAUUUUAUACUGAUAUCUUUACGAAGUAAAUAUAUGUAUAUAUAUAAUAUAC